AUGCCGCAACUUGCUCAGCUCGCAACGGAUAGUCAUCUUGUUGCUUUUCUGGCCAUCAAUCUGUUCAACUCCGCGAUUGUCAUGGCGGUGUUGGCUUUGACUGAUCCAUUGUCCGACAGAGCACAAGAAGUGAAACGAAGCAUCACCCGGAUCUUUCGAUUGCAGGAACUACUGGGAAAGAAGACUGAGCUUUCCAUGCAAAGUAAUGUCGUUCUCAAGGAUGUCAUCCAGAUGCUAUUACAGCGCGAAUCGGAUGCUAUGCUUCAACCUGUCCUUGGUGGUGACAGGCCUGUUGCUAGCGGCGAAAGCUCCGCACAAAUUGUUUCGGAGGCACCACUAAUGUCCGUCGAAGACACCCUUCGACUACCAAUGCACUUACCCAUGAGCAACACGAAUGUCCGACCAGAUCAAGGCCAAGCUCCAACAGACAAGACAUUACGCUUGAAUGAGAGCCUUGCAUCGCUCCAACGAGAAGGACCGAUCAUUGAUCCCAACAUGCCCCUGUAUGAACCCCAACACGGUCACAGUGGUCCUGGUCAGGUCUUCUCAGAACCAGACACCUGGUUCAAUCCCGAUCUACAUGGACUUGGCGAUGAAUCCAGCUGGGCGGAUGAAGGCUACGACAUUACUGGGAACGGACUCUAUUGGUUCUGGAACUCUGCCUGGUCUGAAUCGCGCCCGUCAUGA